GACCUGCGCACCUCCAUGGAUGGCAAGUACAAGGAAAUCGCUGAGGAGCUGUUCUCCCGCUCGCUGGUGGAGAGCGACAUGCGUAGCGCCCCCUACGAGUUCCCCGAGGACAGCCCCAUUGAGCAGCUGGAGGAGAGGCGCCAGCGGCUGGAGCGGCAGAUCAGCCAGGACGUGAAACUAGAACCCGACAUUUUACUCAGAGCCAAACAGGACUUCUUGAAAAUUGACAGUGCUGCUGACUUACAGCUAUACAAGGAGCAGAACGAGGACCUGGUGGAUCAUCUCCCCAAGGAGAGGGAUGUGCUGCUGGAGAGAGAGUUCCAGAGGGUCACCAUCUCUGGGGAAGAGACAUGUGGGGUGCCCUUCACAGACCUGCUAGAUGCAGCCAAGAGCGUGGUGAAGGCACUGUUCAUCCGGGAGAAGUACAUGGGGCUCUCCCUGCAGAGCUUCUGCAAGACCACCACCCGCUUCUUGGAGGAGCUCUCCGGGAAACCACUGGAGACCCGGUUCUAUGAGGAGAUCCCAGAGACCCCCGUGGCUGCAGAUGCUCCUGUGCACCCCCCAUUCACAGACCAGCACCCCUACGAGACCUGCCUCCCUGAGGCCAUGCCGGCCGACCUGGGCUUCGGCCUCAGGAUGGUCAGCGGCGUGAUCCACGUCUACACCAAGCGCGAUGUCGUGGACAGGAGCACAGAGCUGGACCUGCCGUACCCUGACCUGCAGGAGUUCAUCGCCGACAUGAAUGUCUUGAUGGCUCUGAUCAUCAAUGGCCCCAUAAAAUCCUUCUGCUACCGGCGGCUGCAGUACCUGAGCUCCAAGUUCCAGAUGCACGUCCUACUCAACGAGAUGAAGGAGCUGGCGGCUCAGAAGAAGGUCCCCCACCGGGACUUCUACAACAUCCGCAAGGUGGACACGCACAUCCACGCCUCAUCCUGCAUGAACCAGAAGCACCUGCUGCGCUUCAUCAAGCGCACCAUGAAGAAGCACCUGGACGAGAUCGUGCACGUGGAGAAGGGCAAGGAGCAGACCCUGAAGGAGGUCUUCGAGACCAUGAACCUCACGGCCUACGACCUCAGCGUGGACACACUGGACGUCCAUGCGGACCGUAACACCUUCCACCGCUUUGACAAGUUCAACACCAAGUACAACCCCAUCGGGGAGUCCAUCCUGCGCGAGAUCUUCAUCAAGACGGACAACCAGGUCUCGGGAAAGUACUUCGCUCACAUCAUCAAGGAGGUGAUGUCCGACCUGGAGGAGAGCAAGUAUCAGAAUGCGGAGCUGCGGCUCUCCAUAUACGGCCGGUCACGGGACGAGUGGGACAAGCUGGCCAAGUGGGCCGUGAGCCACAAGGUGCAUUCCAACAACGUGCGCUGGCUGGUGCAGGUGCCACGCCUCUUUGAUGUGUACCGCACCAAGAAGCAGCUAGCCAACUUUCAGGAGAUGCUGGAGAAUAUUUUCCUGCCCCUCUUCGAAGCCACCAUCCAUCCUGCCAGCCACCCGGAGCUACACCUCUUCCUGGAGCACGUGGACGGCUUUGACAGCGUGGAUGACGAAUCCAAGCCAGAGCAUCGCAUCUUCAACCAGGACAGCCCCCUGCCCGGGACCUGGGUCGAAGAAGACAAUCCACCCUACUCGUACUACCUGUACUACAUGUACGCCAACAUGACGGUGCUGAACCACCUGCGCAGGAAGAGGGGCUUCCACACCUUUGUCCUGCGCCCUCACUGCGGGGAGGCGGGCCCGAUCCACCACCUGGUGUCAGCCUUCAUGCUGUCAGAGAACAUCUCGCAUGGGCUGCUGCUCCGCAAGGCGCCUGUGUUGCAGUACCUCUACUACCUAGCCCAGAUCGGCAUCGCCAUGUCCCCGCUCAGCAACAACAGUCUCUUCCUGAGCUACCACCGCAACCCACUGCCCGAGUAUCUGUCCCGCGGCCUGAUGGUCUCGCUCUCCACUGAUGACCCCCUGCAGUUCCACUUCACCAAGGAGCCCCUGAUGGAGGAGUACAGCAUCGCCACGCAGGUGUGGAAGCUCAGCUCCUGCGACAUGUGCGAACUCGCUCGCAACAGCGUGCUCAUGAGCGGCUUCUCCCACAAGGUGAAGAGCUACUGGCUGGGACCCAAUUACCUGAAGGAAGGGUCUGAGGGGAACGACAUCAGACGCACCAACGUGCCGGACAUCCGGGUGAGCUACCGCUUUGAGACGCUGUGCCAGGAGCUGACGCUCAUCACACAGGCUGUGCAGACGGCAGAGCUGGAGACCAUCCAGGAAGAGGACUCCCUGAUCAUGAGCUCCAACCUGGGCACACAGUGA